AUGACGUCUAGGGUUUUCGGAGAGAAUGAGGCUACGAUGAUGGAGGUAGGGGAGCGUGAUCGGCCGCCGGGUGAUCCACCGGAUCUUCGACAGUCGUGGGUAGAUAAGGUUAUUGGGGGUAAUUUGGGAGGUAGGUUGACUCCAGAGGCAGUGUUAGACGAUGAGUUUGUGGAGCAGAAGGUUCGGUUGGAGUUUCCAUCUGGGGAGGAUGGGGAGCCGGUGGUGACUAUAGAACCGGAGGUGUUGAAGGCGAUGAAUGGAUUGUGGAGGCACUGCAUGAUUGUGAAGGUUUUGGGUAGGAGUGUUAACAUCUCGGUAUUGUCUAAGCGACUACGGGAGUUAUGGAAACUGUCCGGAGAGCUCCAUGUGAUGGAUCUACCAAGACAGUUCUUUCUGGUUAGGUUUGGUUCGGAGGUGGAAUAUUUGGCAGCGCUCACAGGGGGACCAUGGCGUGUGUUUGGAAGCUAUCUUAUGGUCCAAGCAUGGACCCCGGAAUUCGAUCCACUGGUGGAUGAGAUUGUCACAACCCCAGUUUGGGUGAGGGUUUCUAACCUUACGUAUAAUUUCUAUCAUAGAGCAAUUCUGAUGAGCUUGUCAAAAGGACUAGGACGUCCGAUUAAAGUUGAUCUAACAACGCUGAACUUUGAAAGAGGACGUUUUGCCCGCAUCUGUGUAGAAGUCAACCUAAAGAAACCACUGAAAGGAUCCAUUCUGAUUAAUGGGGGUCACUAUUUUGUGUCCUAUGAGGGUUUGACGAACAUUUGUUCGCUAUGUGGUCUGUUCGGUCAUGUUGUGCAUAAUUGCCCUACGAAGAGUGUAGAGAUGACAAUUGUGGCUGUUCCGGAUGUACCUAGUGCUGACCCUCCAGUGGUUGAGCAGGGUAGGGAUGGUUUCACGCCAGUUUGA